UUCCCCCACCACCUCCCCCUUACUUCCCCCAUCCCCCUUCAGGCUCUUGAGAUGAUCUCGCCGCCUACCUUGAUCCCCCUUCCCUCUUAAACUGGUCCAUGCCUUAUAAGCCAUCUCACUCCUAAAAUGCGGGGAGUCCAGAUCUUCUCGGGGACAUCCCACCCCCUCCUGGCCGAGACCAUCUGCGAGCGGCUGGGCACCCAGUUGGCACGCGCCGACCUGGGCAAAUUCAGCAAUGGCGAGACCAGCGUCAACAUCGGUUGUUCCGUCCGGAACCAGGACAUCUACAUCGUCCAGAGCGGCAGUGGAAAGAUCAAUGACAGCGUCAUGGAGCUUCUGAUCAUGAUCUCUGCCUGCAAGGGUGGUUCCGCAAAAUCUAUCACAGCGGUCAUGCCGUACUUCCCAUACUCCCGCCAGUCCAAGAAGAAGAGCCACCGUGGUGCCAUCACGGCCCGCAUGCUGGCCAAUCUGCUCUCGAUUGCCGGGGUGGACCAUGUGAUAACGUUGGAUCUGCAUGCUUCCCAAAUGCAGGGGUUCUUCGGCAAACCUGUCGAUAACCUGUUCGCCGAGCCCUUCAUCGCCCGUUGGAUCCGCAUGAACGUGCCCGGGUGGAGGGAAGCUGUCGUGGUUAGCAAAAAUGCAGGAGGCACGAAGCGUGUCACGUCGUUGGCAGACACCCUGAAGCUCAACUUCGGCAUUGUCACGACGGACCGCCGACGUCCCAAGAUGCCCAUGGCCAUGUCGGAUAGUACCGUCUUCUUUGACUCGAUCGAAGAGGAGCCCACCCCGUCGGCGAAUGACAACGAUCAGGACCCCUUCGUGUUGCACUGCCAGAGCGGAAGCAGCGACGAUGCCCCGUCUGAGGAUCGAGGGGAGUCGAACGCCAACAUGGAGUCGCUCACCGCGGCGAACUACCUGCGUCCUGAGACUCCUUCGGGUGCUCGUCGUCCUUCCGAGUUGGAAGCUGCCCAUGAGUAUACCGAUGUGCGCGUGCGCGAGGUCAUCACCGGGCGGCUGGUGCAAGGUCAUCUGGUCGAUGAUGACUAUCCGUCGACCGGCCCUACGUCUCAUCCCGCGUCGGGUGAAACGACCCCAGGGCAGACCGUCAGCCGUGAUGAAUCGGAGCCGGUGCCGGACGCGAUGGUGAACUCCAUGAUGUCUACCACGUCUUCGAUCCCCGCUGACCACGCCCUCGGUGGCUCGUUCGACGCAGCUGAGUCUUCUGAUGACGAAGAGGGCAGUGUUGGAAACUAUCUGGAGACAGAAAAGACCAUCACAUUGGUCGGCGAUGUACGUGGUCGGACAGUCUUCAUCAUGGACGACAUGAUCGAUAAGAGCAAGUCCUGGAUCGCUGCCGCAGAAACUGUCGUGAAGAAGGGCGGUGCGAAGAAAGUCUACUGCAUUGCCACGCAUGGACUGUUCACUGAUGAAUCCCUCGAGCAAAUGGAGGAAUGCGAGUCGAUCGACCACAUCGUCGUCACGAACAGCUUCCCCGUUCCGCCCCAGCUGGUGAAGAGGUCGAAGAAGUUGAUUGUCAUCGACGUUUCGAGCCUUAUCGCGGAAAGCAUCAGACGCCACCAUUACGGUGAAAGUGUUUCGGCAUUGUUCCACCUCAAUGACUGAAUGCCCAGCACUUGAACACUGUUCAAUAUCCGAGGGUCUUGCCCUCCAGUGCUUUUUUUCUCUUGAUCAACCUGAGUCGCCAUCGCACGGCAGUCUAACGGGCCAGGUGACGGUA